CACAGAUUCCUUAUCUCCUGACCACUUUAUAUAACUAUUUACAUAUGUCAUACACUGUACACUAACCUGGAAGGAAACAAUGAGAGGGCUGUUCGUGAUUCUUGUGGCUGUUGGGGCUUUGGCACUGGUUAUUGCCGAAAGAUGCAGCACCAUUAGCAAUUGUCAGGUGACUCUUUGUCCAAAUAACUCCACGCACCUGUCCUGUCACAACGCGCGCUGUACCUGUGACGCUUCACAAACAUGCAAAGACAUAUUGGACUGCGCAGCUAUUGGCCGUUGUCAUGACAAAAAUUCCCAUUAUCAUUGUGUGGAUUUCGUUUGUAAAUGCAUCUCAGACUCGGUUGGGAAAUAAAAUACUCAGAUUUCUCGU